CUCCUGGAAGUGAAGGUGCUAUGGCAACUGAUGAUGGUCGUUGUGAGGGUCUUGAUGCAGAUGAUGACUUAGAAGAGGUUCAUUUUGUAAAUUUGGGUACACCAACAGUGAGUCUUAACAGAAGAGGUCAAAAUAGAUUGUCCCUGUCCAAGAGAAGUUCUGAAGUAAGAAACCAGAGUGCAACUGUAACAAGGUCAGAGCAGAGCCCUGCCAAAACAAGCUCACAAGCAAGAGUGCUGGGUCAGAGUACAUUCCAAAACAACCUGCCAGUAACAAUGCCAGAUCAAAUUUCAACAGAACAUGGCACACUAGUUAUGAGACAAGAUCACAGCCCAACUCAUCAGAGUACACCACUUUCUAGACCAGAUAAAAGUCCAUCCAAAAAGUGUGCACCAGUACUUGUACCAGGGCUGAAUCAGAUAGAACAGAGUAUACCUGAAACAAGCUCUGAUCUUAUCCCACAUCAGGGCUCAUCCCGACAAAGGACUUUAGAUUUGCCAGAUAUACCAGAACCACAAGGGAUACUUAUAACAGGCACAGCAUAUGAAUCACAGUGUAAUCUGUAUGAUACAAAUAUGUCUAGUGGCAUCAGCAGUAAUGAUAUUGAUGUUGCUGACUCUGACAAUGAUCCUGACCUCAUCGCAGCUGUGAAGGCUAGCAUUGAGUAA